UUGUCACUUCGCUUCGACCCUCCCCUUCCCUCCCUCCCGGCUCUGCCCCGCCAGCUCGGACCAAUCGCGCCGGCUCGAACGUGUCCAGGUUGGCGGCCCCCGGCGCGGCCGGCCCGGAUGCGCCGAGCGGCCCAGGGCACAGGGGAGGGCGCGGCGGGUUCGCUGGGCCUGCGUCCCGGACGGUGGGAGUCGGGGAAGCGGGAGGAGGAGACUGAAGGUGCACUCCAGACGCGGCCCUGAUGACUGAACUACAGCAAGAUGUGGACGACACAAAGCCUGCCAAAGUGCUCGGGAAGAGAGAGAGCAAAAUUGGCUCAGCCCACUCAGAGGCUGAGAAUGGUGUGGAGGAGAAAAAGAAGGUUUGCAGGGCGCCAGCAGCCCUGUCCCCUGCUCUGUCCAGCGAGGCCGAGUCCGCAGACCAGAAGAGAAUCAUUUCCCUGCGGUCGAAAUCCACUUUUGAUGGUGCCUCUUUAGCAAGUGAGAAGAACGACUGUAAAACAGAAAGCAAGAAUGACUCUAAGACUGAAAGGAAAAAGUCCUCAUCUUCCAGCCAGGACAAGGCAAACAUGCACUUCCACAAGCUGUUUCUGGAUGUCCCCACUGAGGAACCCCUGAGGCAAAGUUUUACCUGUGCUCUACAGAAAGAAAUCUUAUACCAAGGGAAGCUCUUUGUAUCAGAAAACUGGAUUUGUUUUCAUUCCAAGGUCUUUGGAAAAGACACUAAGAUCUCUAUUCCGGCUUUCUCGGUAACCCUGAUAAAGAAAACCAAAACUGCCCUUCUGGUGCCAAAUGCCCUGAUUAUAGCGACUGUCACAGACAGGUACAUAUUUGUCUCCUUACUCUCCAGAGAUUCAACUUACAAACUACUAAAAUCUGUGUGUGGACACUUAGAAAAUACAAGUAUUGGCAACAGUCCCAAUCCAUCUUCUCUUGAAAACAGUUUCCAGGCAGACCGCCCUUCAUCUCUGCCUCUGGAUUUCAACGAUGAAUUCUCAGAUCUGGAUGGAGUGGUACGGCAAAGAAGGCAAGACAUGGAAGGAUACAGCAGUUCUGGAUCCCAGACUCCUGAAUCUGAGAACUCUCGAGAUUUCCGUGUGACAGAAUCCCAGACAGUUCUGAAUGUCUCCAAGGGAGAAGCAAAACCAACUCGGGCAGAUGCCCUUGUGAACAGAGUGCCUGAAGGAAAAGCCAAGAGUCUCCCUGGGCAUGGUCAGUCAGAAACCAUUGGAAUCAUACCCAGAGUAAAGUCUCAGAAAUGUCCGACUCUCCACCAUAUUCUUAUAUUCUAUGCAAUUGUUGUCUGUGCACUAAUCAUCUCGACCUUCUACAUGAGAUACAGAAUUAAUUCUCUGGAGGAGCGGCUGGGGUCACUAACCUCCAUCGUGGACACCCAUCAGACUGAAUACAAAACAACUUACAAAAGCUACUUGAGAAUGGUGACUGACCAGCCAGAAGCUUGGACCAAUGCAAUACCUCGCACUUCCCUUGAAGUAGGUGCUCCCCAGGCAUUCUGGUGGAGCGCUCCCUGCUGGCCAGAGGAGCGAGCAAAUGGGCAGCCCCAGCCAUGCUUGCCCUUGGAGGUCACCAGCUCAGGAAAGGGGGGAAGGGGAAUAAUUUUGGUUCCUGUGCAAUAAAAUUUGACCUUGACUCUCUGAGGAAGUUUUCAGGGCUGCUGCCUGAAGAAAACAGAUCCAUCUCCGGAGGUCUCAGGAAGGGCCUGGCAGACUUGGACGAUUGUGGUUCAGUGGGUUAUCGUGACUGUGUCAGUGAUACUGACAUAUUCCUCCACUCCAUGCCUUUUCAGUCCUACCCACCUGCCUUUUCUCUCCUGUACACCCCUCUUAAUCAACCUUCAAACUAAGGGAUAAUAUCGUGUGCCAACAAACUCGACAGGAUCCUUUAAAGAAUUUGCCAUGACUCUCCCAAAAGACAAAAAGAAACAAAAAAGCCCUAAUGGACAGACUUGCUUCAAACAAAUAACAUUUUAGUUUUUGGUUUUUUCCCUUCUGCUGUUAUGUUCUGGUUUAAGUCACUUGUAUAUCUUAACUUCUCAGUUGAGUAUUGGCAAGAAUAUCGGGCAAAGUGGAUUAAACUAUCUCAUUUUAUGUUUUGUUCCUCUAAUAACUAAUAGGACUGAUUCUCACCCACCCCAGGUCAAGAAUUUGUGAGACAUGAGACUGAAGUACUAAAUUAACUUACUUUGAAACCAAAACUAAUCUUUAAACCAAAAAGUAUGAUAGUGAUUUGAUGCAGGAUGAAAAACACUGCAUUUUUAAGAUUGUAGGUGGACUGUGUGUGUUUUGAAACAGGAUGUCUGUAAUUAAUGCUGAAACCCAUCUCAGCAUGAUGAUAGCAUGCUUUUCUCUUUUGCUGACUAAAAUAUUUAACUAGUGGUUUUGCUAACUUCUAUUUAC